CCGGAACCCUCUUUUCAUCAGCUCUAUUUCUACUUUGUGCAUGUAUUGAGUAAAGAAAGAAAGACUGAGUUGACUGAGUUGAAUAAAUGAAAAUAGCAAGAUGACCGAUUCUACGGCAAAGGAACAAGCGAUCAGCAGCACGAGUGUAAUAACCACCGCCACAACAGGAGAUUUGCUGUUGGGGAACCGUCAUUUGAGUAGUGCUGCUCCUAGUGCUCCUAGUAGUACUAGUAGUGCUCCAAGCAGUCCAGGCAACAAGGGCGUGGUGAACAACAACAAUGACAUUUCUCGUCUGUUCCAAAUGUGCAAUGAUGACAAGAAUGAAGAGUCGUGGCAAUUGUUGUUGGAAUGGAUGGAAGACAUGCGUGCCUUUAAAAGCAAACUAAAGCGCUUGGUGACGUAUAAGGAUCCCAAGAAUGCCAAACGCACAUUUUUGCAUUUGGCAAGUGUCCAUCAAGCUCCCAUUGCCGUGGUGGAAGCCUUGUUGGAAUUGGCCGAACAGAAUUACACAUCGAUUCGAAUUGUAGAAGAUGCCAAUGGCGCCACGCCGUUGCAUUUGGCGUGUCAAUACGGCGUCAGUGCCAAACACAUUCGAUUACUGGCCACCAACUUUACACUCACCAUGGUCGAUCGCAUGGGUCGCACACCGCUCCAUGUCGCCAUGGAACAUGCCAGUAACGACAAAGCCGCCGAGACGAUUCAUUUUUUACUCGAACGCAAUCCCACACAACAAAAACGAAUUCUCAAUCGUCAACACAAAUCCGCACUCGCAUGUUUGGCCAAUGUCCGACUCCAACAUUUGCAACGCAAUGUCACCAAUGCGUUUGAUGCUUAUGUGGGGACCGUACAAGUCACUACGGAAACCAGUAGUCAAUCGUAUACCAAACAACUACUCCUCACGAGUACAUCCCAAUCCAAAACAACCAACACCACUCCCACUACAACCAACACAAACACAACAAACUCUACACUAUCCGAACAACAACAACAACAAGCCGAUCGAGACUUUUUUCCCAUUCUCGGAGAAUUGCCCGCGUUUGUGCAAGAUCACGCGGCUUGGAAUCCCACCGUCCAAACACUCGUCAAUCAACGAUUCUGUUCGUCCGAUGUCACUUUUUUGUAUGUUCUCCGAUUGGUCUCACUGCUGGUUAUUAUUGUCAGUUUUCAUAUUUACUGGAAACACGGCAAUGAAUAUUUUCCACAAAAUCAAAUUCCAUUAUUGCAGCAACAAUGGUUUGUCGCCUUUGUAUUUUUGGCAGCCAGUACCAGUGUCUUGUGUGCGACCGAUUUGGGGAUUCUUGCCGUGCGCAUUUACAAGGCGGCGGCGUUUCGACAAUGGCAACAACAUCCCCUUGAAAUUUCCAAUCUCAUGGUCAUGUUGGCCGUACUCGUAUUUGCCAUUUUGGCACAAGGAUAUGAAAUACAAGAUCCCGAAACCUUUCAAGUAUUGUCGAUCGUGGCGGCAUUUCUACUGGCAUUGGCGUGGGCGGGCGUCUUGUCGUGUGUGCGACUCGUCUCCAAGGAUUUUUCGACACUGGUCGAUGGAGUACUGGCGACGGGACGCAAAUUGUUUGCGUUUGCGGCGGCAUUGACUAUUGUGUUGGUGGCAUUUGCGCAAUUGUUUUAUUUGACCACGCUCGAAUUGGUCGUUACGACAUCCACAAUGACAACGUUUGACAGUGAUACCAACAGGACCACAACUACCACCGACACACAACGCGAUGUCACGUGUCCCAGUGAAUCUCCGUUUUGUACAUCCUUUGGACAAGCACUGCUUACAAUCUACACCAUGGCCGUCGGAGAAGUCGAUAUGGCAGAUGUUCCCGAAAACAACAACAAUCACGUGUUCGUCACGAUUCUCUACGUGUGUUUCAUUUACAUUGUCAUUUUACUACUCGCCAAUAUACUGGCGUUUAUCAUUGGAAAUGAUAUUUGGAGAAAUGAACGGACGGAACAAUUCUUUUGGGCCAAUCGGAUACGAUUUUUGGCCGAUAUUGAAGCAUUGACACGCGUUUGUUGCUGUUGUCGGACGUGUACGACCGACGACAUUCUCGGCAAGAGUUGGCAGGCACUGUGGUCCAUUUUUGACGAUCAUCGACUCGGAGCAUUGUCGCCGUCGUUUUGGUUCAUGAUGAUUUUACGCGUCAAUGUCAUGGUCGUCAUGAUUGUCUGGAUUGUUGUGGGAGUACUAACGUUGGGAUAUGUCUGGCCACCGCAAGUGCGACAAGCGCUGUUUUGGGCGCCGAUCACUACAACAACUACAGCAACAACGACAACAGCAGGUGUGCCCACCGCCGAAAUGGGCAAGAUUUGGACGCCAGCAACUCAUAGCGGCGACUUUGCCGCGGCAUCGGAUGUGCAUGCCGUCCAGAAGAAUGUGCAGAGGCUCGAAGCCAAAAUGGACCAUCUCGAACACAAGUUGGAUCGGGUCUUGUCCAUGCUCGAGCGAGAUGUCUUUCACGAUGAAAGCUCCGUUUUCAUGGUGCGAGGAGGAUCGGACCAUGCACCGCAUCAUCAUCAUCCGCCGUACCCUCGACGGGGAUCCAUGGGAGGGUAUUCCUUGGCAUCGAUCGAGGAGCCGGGGGGUUCUCCGUAUCCACGACGGGGAUCGAUUGGUGCAUCCAUUGGAUAUUCCAUGUCAUGAUCAGCCACAGGACAUGCAUGCAUUUGACGUUUCUGCGACCGACUCGACAAUGCAGCCAUUUCCUGUCGCUGUUUGCGUUGGAUCUUCUCUUCCCGUGCCAUUCACGCAUCGCACACAACCCAAGCGAGUCACUUGCCUCGUCCACAUUCUGGUACUUGGAUGCAUUCGCACACUUCUCCGCCGCACUAUACGACUUUUUGGGGAGCAACCGAGCGUGGCUCGGUGGAUGGUGAAGCAAGCAGGAUUAACCAUUCUAGGUGGAUCACUCACUCACAGCUCGCUCUACAGUAUUCAAGACAUCAUGCUGAGCUGCAGCGUGGAUUUUUAAAAUUAAGUAAGCGGUCUUUUAUUGGG